AUGACCAACUCAGACUUUCGUCGUCUGAUAGGAGACAUUACCACUAUCGGCCGCAGUAUCUUUUCUGACACCACGACAACACUCUCAGACGCAAUAAACAGGGUCGCAGAGGAGGUGGAGCCAUCAGAACCACAAAAGAACAGUGUCAGGACGACAAAUGGCGACAAUAAACAGGCUCCCACCCCCGAUGAGCUAAUGCAAGAUGGGGAGCAAGUUAAGGAGACUGCGAAGGAAGGGCUGGAGGAUACCGGGCGUGCAGCCAAAAAGAGUGCUGAAACCAACGUGUCCACCGAAGUGCAAGAUUCACUUUUCUACCAGAUGAAAAAGACAGUGGAAGACCUACGUUUAAGGUCUGAUUACGAUAAAUCCGUGUCAACCAUAUCAGGACUUGUCCAGCGGUAUGCUGGAAUAUACAUGCAGACUGUAGGGUCCACAGUUGAGGGUGUUUCGGACGCUCUAGACAUCGACCCAGAAUUUCAUGACGCCAUGAAGAACUUAUGGGAGCUUGCAACAUCCUUCGGCAGUCAAAUUGAAUGGCAAUCCCUUGAAAGUAAAUUCCAGCAGCUGAUGCAAGGUACUAAAAGAAGCACUGGAGUUAACGACACACUUGACCACAUUGGACAAUCCAUUUACAGCCUCUUCACCGACCCCAGUUUCUGGGACUCUGGAGAUGACACCGUGAAGACCCUGAAGGAGAAAGUAAAGGAGACUGAAGGCGACUUACCGCAGCAGGAAUUCAAGGACUUUAUCUAUCAACUCAAGAAAACACUGAUAUCUGUCACACAGGAUGCCGCUGUUGCGAAACUCAUCACAGCCACAAAGAAAAUUGCACUGGGUAUAUGUGAAGCAUAUCGUAAUGAAGGUAUUCGUCUUAUGGCAGACGCUCUCAACAUCUUCCUUCCUCUAUUAAUUCGAGCUAUCCAGUAUAUACCCAUACCAAGAUUGGAAGUCUCGGUCCCUCAGAUGGAUCUUCUGCUUGAAAACGUUGUGAUUGAACCUGGACACACUGUUCACAAUUCCUCGUUCCUUCCAUAUCAAGUCCUAGUCACCACAAUAAAUAACAUGGAGCUUCGCAAAACCCAUUCGAAGGAGGCGGUUUCAGGCAUGAAAAACGUCGUUAACGUCACCCUGAAUGGCCUUUGCUUUUCUGCAAAUGAUUUCGGCUACUGGAUAAAAGCGCAUAGGCCUCCUUUCCCAUCCAUAUUUGAUGAAGGAAUCGCCAGUUUCUGUCUUGAUCAACGCGGAAUAGACGUCUCUUGUGAAUUUGAGGUUGGCAGAGAGCGGUUGGAACAGAUUCUGUCUCUCCGUGCAGUGAGAGUUCAUAUCCAUAAAUUGGACUACUCUAUUGCCAAGAGCCGCUGGUCAUGUAUCUUGUGGGCUCUUAAACCUUUCCUCAAACACAUGAUCAGACGCAGCCUGGAGAAAAUGAUAGCCGAGAAGAUAGUUGGCUAUGCUAGGGCAGCAAAUCGAGAACUGCUCUUUGUGAGAGAGCGCCUACGCGCCGCGCGCAUAGCUGAUCCUGACGACUUCCUAACUUUUAUCAGAGCGAUUAUGGCUAGGCUGAGUGGGAAGGCGGACCCAAAUAUAUUCACUAGACUCGGGUUUGACGCUCAGCGAGGGGGCAUCUUCGACGGCGUUUAUGCCCCAGGUAGUCUUGCCAAAGCCUGGCAUGAGGAACAGCAGAGAGCGGACGAACUUAUUAAAAGAAGCAGCCAAGACAGCCCUAACCAAAAGCCGACUUGGAGAAAUAGUAUAUUCGAUGUCCCAGCCAGGGGUCACUAA